AUGAGCUCAUUGAGCAUUUUGUGUCCGAACGCGAAACGGGUUCAGAUCAAAGUCGCGCCGAUGAUGCUGUUGCAGCAGGUUUUGGAAGAAGCUUGCCUGAAAAGUGGAUUCGACGCCAGCGCGCAUCGCCUUCAAACGCAAAGCAAGAAGCCGAUCGAUCAUUCAUUGCCGUUUCGACUCAGCGGAAUUCCGAACAACGCGACACUUGAAAUGGUGGCGAGGCCGGUGUCGAACGCGCCCGUUGAAAUCGAGCUAGCGAUUCAGAUUCCAUCCGGUCAACGCCGUCAAAUGAAAGUCGGAGUGAAUGAGAGCCUUUUGGAGAUUUUGCGAAAAUUCUCGACGCUGUUUGGCGAGGAUUUGACGUCGAGCAUUGAAUCAACGGCGCCCGCUGUGGUUUACAUGAAUAAACGAUAUACUGGUAACAUUGAACUCACAAAUAACACAUUAUCAAGCCUUGGAAUCACCAAUGGAAAAUGUUUGAUGAGAUACUUGCGCGUCGAGGUUAGCGACGAGCAGCUCGCCGAGAUCGAGGCGAGAAAUCGCGAGGAGAUCGAGAAGAAAAAGGCGUUGGACGCGACAUUUGCGAAAUUGAAAGCGGAAAAUGAGGCGAGAGAAGCGCUCGAGCGGCAGAGGCAAUUGGAAUUUGAACGCGACGCUGAAGAACGAGCAAAACGUGAUCAGGAGCACUUGAAGGCGAUUCUUCCCGAGCCCGAACAAAUGGACACGAAUGAGCAUGAGCCGACGAAUGUGAAUGUGGUUCGAGAUGUUCUUCAAGACGUGCCCGUCCAGAAUCCGAAUGAUUGGUCGUUCAACGCGCCGGUGUUCUCGAGACGCGCGCCGACGACGGCGAUGCGUCUCGACGAGCUGAAUCGCCUACUCGAGCGCGUCGACAACUCGCUGGGACCAUCGACGACGACGAACGAGGACGCGAUGGAUUCGAUGGUGAACGCGUUGGCCGACGGCGGUCGAAUCUCGUUGUCGGAGAUUCGCGCGCGAGCCGAACUCGAAAAGCAGCAGCGACGCGACGAGGCUGAGAAGGCCGAGAAUGCGUUUGCGGAAGCGUGCGAGCGUAAUCCGAGGAUUUUCAGCAAAGUUGCGAAACCGGCUACCGAGCAAUUAGAGCCGAUGGAGAUUUCCGACGAAUUUUUCGAGGUCAAAAUGGAAGAUAUUAAAGUGAUUCAAAAGGAUUUGCGGAAAACGGUACGCGAACAAACUCAAGCCGGAUUUGUGUCGAAAUCAUUUUUGGCUAAGAAAAACCGAGGUCUGAAAAUGGAGGCCUACAAGCAUUGCGUAAUUCGAAUUGUCAUCGGCAUGCACGUUCUUCAAGCGUCGUUCAACUCGGCGGAGCCUAGUACUCGUCUCGACGAAUUCAUGGCCGGAGUGAUUUCGGAUGAGGCGACGAGGAAGAAGAUGAAGUUCUUCCUUGGAAAUCAGCAUAUCAAAACUUGUGCGACGAAAAAUUUUGUCGAUAUCGAGCUGGCGCCGAAAUCGACGAUUGUGGCGAGAUUUCACGGCGAAGAAUUAAAUGCUUUAAAUUUGAUCAAAGGUGUGAAAGAAUGCGAGAUCGCCGAGGCGGAUGCGAUCUCCGCCGAAUGGCUCUCGGUGAACACCGUCUAUCAGCCGUUCAAUUUUAUGAUCGACAACGAUCGCAUCCAGAAGCGGCCGCCGACGAACUAUGCAUCGACGUCGACGUCGUUCAACGAGCCGCCGGCGAAAUCGUCGAUGCCUAAAUGGAUGAUUAAAGGGAAAAAAUAA